AGCUACGAUAAAGCUGCACGCCGAUGUGCCGUUGACACCACGAAAAAAGGCGAUCAGGGUGCUGGGGUUUGCCAACGCUCCGACUACCAACCAUGGCUGGUUUUCGAAAAAGGUAAAACUAAGAAGACUUUGGUGUCGCCCAGCUCCACAAAGAUAGAGAAAAAGAAAACAUCUCUCACUCCCAGGAAGAAAGAAAGUUCAAAGAAGAUAAAGAAGAAAACUGCCGGUGCAUCUGCCACAACAACUGCAGAGACAUCAACAACAUCGUCAAGACGCAGAAGAAAGAAAGUUAAUACUAAAGAGGCUAGAGAUGUUCCGAUGGUUCCCACUGCGAAUCAGAUCACCGCUUUCGAACAGUUCGCCAAAGUGGUCUUCACAAUGGGCAUUGACGGUUUAAUUAGAGAAUAUAACGAUUACUUGAAACCCUACGUCUCCUAUCCAUUCAAAAGGGAGGUCUUCGAUCAAAACGCAACAAAAAAUCGCUACAAAGAUGUGGUUUGUAACGAUUAUACUCGGGUAGUACUAAACGACGGAAAAGGUUCAGAUUAUAUUCAUGCAAACUAUAUAAGGGGAGAGCCAUUAAUUUGCAGUUAUAUAUGUACACAGGGUCCUCUGCCGACAACAAUAGUAGAUUUCUGGAGGAUGAUAUGGUUAGAAAAGGUGUCCCACAUAAUAAUGCUCUGUAGCAUACUGGAAUGUGGUAAGAAGAAAUGCGAGCAGUACUGGCCAGAGGAGAACGGUAAAAGUAUGACGAUUAAUGAUUUUUCAAUUACAUCAAUAAGGGUCAACAACACAGACCCGCAUGUAACUCGGUCCACUCUAGAGGUGAAACAAGGCUCAGAAAAACAUUAUCUGAAGCAUCAUCGGUGGAAGACAUGGCCAGACAAAACUGUACCAAAAUCGCUGCUAGCAGUGUUUCGAAUUCUUCAUCAGACAAGAAAGUCAAAAACACCAAUAGUGGUUCACUGCUCUGCUGGAAUUGGGAGAACUGGAUCCUUUGUUGCCAUUGAGAUGGGGCUUCAACAACUAUUGACCGGCAAUCAAUUGAACCUUUUGGAAUGUUGUAGACGAUUAAGAGAUCAGCGAGCUCACAGCGUGCAGGUCGAGAUACAGUACAUAUACGUGGCCGAAGCACUUUGCGAGUAUGGCAGGGCCAUGAAGUACAUCGUCGACCCGCAACUUCUGAAGGAAUUCGAGAAGUUCAAAGAAUCGUUCAAUGUGUUUGUUGCCGGCCUUGGAAUAGAAGAGCAACCACCGCCUGCUCCUCCUUGUCCCAUACCACCGCCUGGACCACCUUGUCCCUUACCAUCACCUGCUGCUCCUUGUCCCAUACCAUUUCCAGCACCCAAAGGAACCGCCGCUGUAGCUGCAACACAAUACCAACCCGAACAGGAUCUACCG